GCUUUCUGUUAUAUUGUCGGAAAUGUUCGGACUUAAAUACAAAAAUCAAGAAAAACUCUAUUAACUCAACAAAUAGACACAAAGUAAAAUAAUUAAGAAAGGAAAUGAAAGAACGGUGAGAGACACGACUGGAUAUAAAGACCGUUUCAAAACACUAGGCCAGAGAUAGAACAUUUUGCUCACGGUUCGCCGCGCUCGUCAAUGUACUGUUGAUGUAAGAGGGGAAUUGAUAGAGAGACGAUAUGAAGUAGGAAAGGGUUUAGAUGAACAGUGUCGAUGCUACUGGCUGGCUGACUAGACGUAUUUGAUAGUUAGCAAAUGAUUAUAGCUGAUUUAUGACUGUUUUGUUGUUUGCUUACUUGUCAUUGUUACAUUUGGAAGUGAUAUUAUUUGAUGGCGUUGCGAUGAAGUUUAACGGAUUUUAUAGAUAUUAAAAUGGAAUUAUGGUAUGAAUAGUUGGAGUAUGAUGUAGGAAUUCAGUACAUGCAAGAAACGCAUUAAGUAAUGUAUGACGAUUAACUAAUUGAAAAAAAUGCGAUCAUUAGGAGAAUAUAAUUACAUGAUUAUAUAUUUUUAUUUAAUGCAUUUAUUUGAUUUUCUGUGACUAGUUACGGAUUGAGGAGCCGUAUUAUAAUACGGUGUAAAUUGUGGAUAAUUUCAACGAUGUGGAGCUGAACUUGUAUAUGACGAUAUAUUAUCAGGGUGGAUUGUAGCCCCAUUUUUGUGUUACCACAAAGGAAAGACAAAUGGGAUAACAUUUGAACUUUUGUCGUACUAAAGUGAUAGUUAAACUUCAGAUAUGUGUUUACAUCAUUUCUUUGAUAAGUAAUACAAAGGGGAGAUUCGUCCGUGUGUUUAUUAAGAUUUCUGUGUCUAUGUAACUUGAUUUUAGAUAACAGAAACAAAAAUUAAUUAGAAAACUUCAUGUAUAAAUUUGCUGACAUUCGACAGAGAUAAAUUGAACAAUUUUGUGUUAAAUUUAUGAAAGUUGAUAGAUUAAAAUUGGAUAACGUUAUUUAAACUUUAUCUGAUAUCAACUUGUUUUGGGUCAAAGUACAGUACUAAGUUUUAUGAAAUAAUGUAUUCAAAAAAGGAUGUUAUUUACAUUCUACUGUAGUUGAAAACAUCAGACAUGUACAGAGGAUAUCUACACCUGAACUUGGCCCUGGUGUGUUUGCUUGUUGCCCUAUGUUCAGCAGUGGGGCCACCAAAACAAGUAGGUCUUUAUCAAGCACGUCAGGUCGCCAAAGUAGGUCAGGGAAAAAAGCGGUUUGCAUGUCCAGUUCAAGCAGACCCGGUACCUAUUGUACAGUGGCUCAAAGAUGGUGAAACAAUCACAGAAAUGUGGGAACCUAGGUAUCGAAUUACCAAGAAAGAGGGUGCUUUAAGAAUAAAGGAUAUAGAGCUGGAUGAUGCCGGGCUUUUCGUUUGCAAGGCAACAAAUGGGUUUGGCAGUAUAAACGUCAACUUCUCCCUUAUUGUUGUUGACAAAGAAUCUGGCCUUGUGAAGCAGGGAGGCAGUGUAUAUGAGCCGGGCCCAGAUGAGGACCUUACGAAAGAAGGAGUCAAACCUAAGUUCAUAGAACAAGACAAAAUGGAGCGUAAAAGUGUGAUUGUUCGGCCUGUUGGUAGUUCAUUACGACUACGAUGUCGGGCUAAUGGAAAUCCACUUCCAGCAGUGCGUUGGAUGAAAGACGGACAUGAUACAAUACUCAUUUCAGACGAAGGGUCUGACGCUGAUAAAAAGAAAUGGACUUUAAAGUUACGAGACUUACAGGAGGCUGAUAGUGGAACCUAUCAGUGUGUAGUGUCAAAUAGGCAUGGAGUUAUUAAUUUUACUUACUCUGUAGAAGUUAUAGGUCAGAUGAAAACCAAGCCAGUAUUGAUAGGACCUCACCCCUUGAACGAGACAGUAACGCUGGGAGGUUAUGCCUCAUUUCAGUGUAAAGUGAAAAGUCAGGUUCAGCCACAUAUACAGUGGUUAAAACGGUUAGAUAAGGAGUUGGAAGCAACUGUGAAUAGUACAAACAUUAUAGAAGUGAAAGGACAGAAGUUUGUGGUGCUGAAAACCGGCGAGGUGUACAAAGACAAUGAAGGAUUCUAUGUGAAUAAACUUGUGAUAAAAAAUGUGUUGGGGACAGAUGUAGGCAUGUAUAUAUGCCUUGGUGCCAAUACGAUGGGAUAUAGCUUUCGAAGUGCCUUCCUUACCAUUGUAGCAGAUGAUUCCGGUACUCCAUUGUCAAACAAUCCAAGUUUGUCAAACAGUCCAGGUUUGUCAUCGGAUCCGCACCAAAGACCGAGGUCGGAAAUAAGUAGUAGUGAAGAGGUGGGGAACGGCAGUCUGCCAUUAAUCAUUGCAAUCCCAGCUUGCGUGGCAAUAGUGUUAGUAACGCUCGCUAUAUUUAUUCUAAAAAAGAGAAAAAGGUGUAAUAAUAAUUCAAAUGCUCGUAGAAACACUCGCUUUAAUGCAGUACCAACGCAGGAGCGUGAAAACUUUACUCCUGCUGUUCAGUAUCCUCAUAUUUUACCUCCAAAAGGUCCGCCCAAUAGAUCUAUGGAUAAAGCAUCCACAAAACAUAGUUCAGACUUUUAUUCAGACAUUUCGUCCGUUUCACGAUGUCAUCAUCAUCCUCAGCAAGCACACAGCAAUCAUCAGUAUGGGUAUUGAAAAACUUCGACUUGCCGUCAUGAUAAUGACAAUAACAUCAGAGACAUCAAAAUUAACCUGUUAUUUUUGAAAGUUGGAAGUGCACACAUAGGUGCUAGACUGCAUUAUUAUAUCAGGAACGAGCAGAAAAAGUAUGAUGCAGAAUAUGUGCAUUGAAAGGUUUUAAAGAAAAUAGCAGUUUGAAGCACAUUUUCUAUGUUAUGUUUCCAAGUCCAUACUCGAAAGGAAUAGACGUCUAAGUUAUAUAUAUUAUUCUGCGUUGAAGGAAACUGUAAGAUUGUUGAAACUGCAAUCUUCAUUGUGAUGUGGACUAAUAGGAGAGAAUGAUAUUCCAAGAGAAUCAAAAAUAACAGAACCAUUGAGACAGCCUUUUGUGCCAGUCAAAUUAACUUUUGUAGAAAAAAAAAAUACAAAAAUUAAUUAUAAACAAAUGUUUAUACUUACUUACAUAAGAGCAUAGACUUAAAUGGUUAGGUUGACUACUACAAGUUGUUAACCAACAAGUCAAGUGGAGCAGCUGGUUCCGCAAGAAUGGACAGACUUGGUUCCACAAGUAUAAUUUAGACUGUGAUUUUAUUUCUAAGAGAUAGUUACAGAUUGUUGUAACAUUUGUAUCAAAUAAUAUUUUGCAAUAUUGCUAUUCUAGGGUAGAAAUAUGGCUAAGUUCUUCAUUAUUAUUAUUUUUGUCUCCAGCAUUCUUAUAUGAAAGCAUAUGAUGUCCUAACUUGUAAUAGCAAAGUUGAAAUGACCGUUAAAACAUAAUUUUGAAAAGUUUGUCUGUUAAAGUACUAUUUUAUCUUUUUUUAAUGACUUGAUUUUCACCUAUUAGAGACCUGCUUGUGUAUAUAGGUUAUGUUAACUUAAACUUACCAUUUUAAAGCUUUAACAUUAUUUUCUUUUAAAUACAGACAACAGUAAUAAAAUUAAGGUGUUUUAUUUCAACAAAAAAUGUUCAAAAAGACAGUUGUUUUAACAUGUAAUACAUGUAUUACUGAAAACACCAUAUAUGUAUUAUUACCAGUAAACAAUAGACAAAGAACAAUUCAGAAAUUAUUAUACAAAA